AUGGAAGAGAGUAGACUUUCAACUACGGAAGAUGAUUCAAUGGUGGAGGCAACUUCACCUGAGAGUCCUUCUUCAUCAGCAUCAUCGUCGCUUGCUAAUCAUCAACAUGAUGAAGAGGAAACAUUGAAUAAUAAUUCUUCUCCGAAUACUUCAAAAUCAUCAUCAAACAAUAAUAGAAAUAGUGUUUCACUUCCUCUAUUACAUAUUGCCUCUCCUAAUGCACCUCUCAAUCUUAUCUAUUCUUGUGGCAAAAACAAGUAUGGAAUAUUGGGUCAAUUGGAUGAUUAUUCGGAAAAGCCAGUUCCAACUGUAACACCAAUUAGCAAGAAUUCAUCUCAUCAUACAAUUGAAAAUCCUUCUUUUGCUCCGAUUAUGAUUAAACAAGUGGAAGCAGGUGCAUAUCAUUUGGCAAUAUUAACAGAAUUUGGAGAAGUUUAUGUGAGUGGAUAUAAUUCGUUCAAGGGAGCAAUGAAAACAAAUCAAUCUGGAUUGUCACAAAUGCAUAAAUUACAUUUUGAUAAGAAGGUGAAGGCAAUAUCGAGUGGAUGGUUUCAUUUGAUGUUGUUAACGAAUGAAGGAGAGUUGUACAGCAGUGGUUUAAAUACCAAUGGUCAACUUGGAUUGGAAGAAUGUUCAUCCAGUGGGAGUGGAAGCAGUAAUGAAGAUAAUGUCGUGGAACACUCAUUAGAAGAUGGAAAGGAAGAAAUUAUUGAAUCGUACGAGUUGAAUAUACCCAUCAAGAGACUAUGUUGUGGAGAGCAUCAUUCUGCAUUCAUUACAAAUAAUGGAGCUCUAUAUGUUGCUGGAAAGAAUAAUUGUGGAGAGUUGGGCAUUGGUAGAAAGUCAUCCAAGCCCAACGUUGCCUAUUUCACAUUGGUUCAAGCUGGGUUUUUGGCUCAAGAUAUUAGUUUUGGUAAGGACCAUUCAGUUCUACUGAGUCAGGAUGGUCAGAUUUACGUAUCUGGAUCUAAUGAAUCGGGACAAAUUGGACUGGGUAAUGUGAAGAGUGUAAAAAAGUUUGUCAAAAUUAACAUGGUAAGACCAGGAUUUAAGAUUACAAAAAUUUCAUGUGGAUUUGUUCAUUCGAUGGCUAUUACUAAUACUGGUGGAUACAUGAUUUGCAGUGGUGGAAAUAUCAAUGGUGAGUUGGGUCUUUCAGAUAGAGUGAAAAAGCCACAAUUUGCAAUGCUGAAAACUAAUCUCAUUCCAAAACAUGUUUCAUGUGGAGCUUCGUUGUCUGUUUUCCUAACUGAUCAGAAUGCUUACAGUUGUGGUAUUAAUACUGAUGGAAGAAAGGCCAUAAUUGAUUCUCUGCCAAUACUUCACUUCCCUAUUAGACAUUACAAUAGAGAUAGAAUCCAUGACAAGAUUUAUGGAUAUGGUCCACUAUUGAGAAAGGUAACACCAAAAUUUUAUGAGAAUGUGGUGAUUAAUGAAGAGUAUCUCAAUUCCAUGACUACUAUCGCACUAAAUUUUGCUCAAUAUUUAGUGGAUUGUGUUCAAGGUCAUUUUGUGCACAAGAAGGAGAAGAUAGUGGACCACUUAGUAAGCAUGACCCCUAUCGAGAAGGUUCAUGCUCUCUAUGUCAUGAAUCAUAUCGAAACUGAUUUAAUUAUAGAGAAUUUUAGAAGAUUUGUAAUGUACUAUUUGGUUGAAGAAAUAGAUGGUAAUGUGGAACUUACAGAUCAAGUAGCCGAUGAGAUAAGAAUGCUCUUGGAUAAUUUCCAAGAUUUCAAUGCAAAUAUUCAAGAUACACCAUUGGAAAAGGUCUCUCGUGUAGUUCGCUUGAAAAAACCCUUCGCUCACUACAUUAAUCAUCCAAUUCAUGAACAAUCGAACCAUAGACAUAUUUUCCACAACAUGUUCAACGAUCAAGCUACUUCAGAUGUCAAGGUAAUUAUCGAUUCAGAAAAGAAGCACGUAUUGUACUUGCACAAGACAAUCCUCUCAUCUUAUAGCCCUCUUUUUGAAAAGAUAUUUGAUGAACAGUUCCAAUUCUCCAAAGAUGAUAAUUGCUUGGAUUUAUAUGAUUUUGACCUCGAUUCUAGAAAUGCAAUCGAAGCAUCAGAGGCCAAGAUUAAGGAAAAGGCACUACUCCAUCUCAUGCACGCAUGCUAUGGAAUAUCCAAACAACAAGACUCGGUGGAUGAUUCUUUCGUCCUUUUGAAUAGUGAAAUAACCAUUCUAAUUGGAAUGAUUUAUCAUGCCAGUUUAUUCCAAAUGGACAGUGUUAUUCAAAUAUAUCUAAUCAGAAAGCUCGCCACCUUACUCUCUGUUGAAAACUUUUUAGAUAUUUGCAAGUGGAUGUUAAUGUUUGGUGACGAAACUCUUUUCCAACAACAAAGAAUACCUUCCUCCUCUCCAAUCUACGAACCAGAAAUGAUACCACCAGUUCAUGAAAUAUUCAAUUUACUCACUCAGUUUGCAGAAAUGAAUUUGAAACCACUUUCUAAAAUGUAUGAAGGAAAAUUGAAUGAAUGGGACUCUAUUCCUCACAUUAAGCAACUGCUCAGUAGAAAAUCGCCAACAAACAAAAUACCUCAAAUACCUCCUUACAGUUCCAGCGAAAUGCAUUUGCAACAAACUCAAGAUUCCCUUAAGGAACCUCUUGUUCAACAAGAAGCAUCAAACUCUUCCGAUCACGCAGAGUAUUAUCAACCAACUGGUGUGGUGAAUGAAACUAUUGAUCAGGUACAACAACAUCAACAACAACAACAAUAUAUUUAUCAAGUUCCUUCUCAAAUUCCUCCCCAACAAGGUAUGAUGAAUAAUCUACCAGAACCAAUAGGUUUUGUCCCUCCACAACAACCAUUGCAGCCUCAAUAUAAUCAGCAAAUGCCUCCAGUGCAACAAGUUUACAUUCCACAAUCACCACCAUCAAAUCUUAACUCGGCUGAUGUUCAGGUAGAUGAGCACGGAAGAAUAGUAAUGAAAGCUCCAAAGAAUAAUUUCGCUUGGGUUUUCUUUAUUGUUGGCCUUGUCUUUUUGUGGUUUCCAUUCCUGGCCAUACCAUUCUUGAUUAUUGCACUUAUUACAAGAGAUACUGACUUUAUAUUUGAUGAUAGGAAGAGAGAAUUGAUGAGUAAGAGUUAUGGAGCAGUUGUGAAAUUUGGCUGUCUGGAUCGUGAAGUUUCUGUGCCUUAUAGUUCGAUAAAUGAUGUUGUGGUGGAGAUGGAUUUUUCAAUGAGAGUGAAUGGAGUUCCAAGUGGAAAGAUUAUAAUUGUGACUAGCUCUGGAAAUGUUAAGUUUACAAAGGGCUACCUUAAUUAUUAUAAGGCAAAGGAAACAGCUCAAAAAAUUAUGAACUUUAUUAAUCAAAGAAAAGUUCAAUAUUAA